CAAACCCUCUCAAGGUCGCGGAAGCUAGUUUGAUCAUCCUGGACUUGCUGCAUUUGGUGAGACUGUGAUUUAUAGAUGACCUUCGAUCAACGCUAAAACUAUAUGAAGAAUAUCCACCUAUUAAGUAGGUUUGAAUAAGGGCUAUGAACCAGUGGGAUAAAUAAGAAUUAUGAUUUUUGGUUGACGUGUAAGGUUUAAAAUCUAUGUCUAAUCCAUCACGAACUGACGUGAGCUAAAAUGCCCAAACGCUAUUUAUCUAAAUAGAUGAGUGAGUUUCGAAAGAGUCGACGGUAUAAAAACGGGACUAGGUUAAGCUUGGCCAGUCAAGCAUCAUACCAGGAAUCAGCUUAAUUGCUGUUAGGAUUAGGUCUAUUAUUAGAGCAGUACUAAUAUCAUAGACCAUAAUUCUAUGCAUCACAGUACACUUGGAAGUAUUUAUCGGCAACUGCCAGGUUUGAGAUCAUUCAUGAAUGAUGCAAAUUAGGAUGAAAUUUCAUUUAUGCUUGUUAAUUUACAGAACUGAAGAUAAAUCGUGUUUGGCUGGUACCCUAACGUUAAUAAUUUUAGGAACGGGUUCAAAUUCCUGUGAAUAAAUAGUUUUUCAUGCAUCAGUCGUCCUCCUGAAUCGUAUUGACUGCUUGGAAAAGUCGGUUUCACUGAAGAAAUAAUGGCGGACGUCAAAGGUAUUUAGCGGAAAAUAGAUAGAGCAGAAAAAUAGGCAACUUUUAAGUUUUAGAAAGUAAAUUUAUUGCAAAAACCACAGCUUAUUUCAUUCAUAAUUCUAUUUUUUCCCUAUAAACCUGUUUAUAUCAUUCGGUUUUAGUGGAGACUUGUCUGAUUGUACAACUUUCCUAUAUAACGAGUACAAAGCGAUGUUAUUUAAGAAAGGCGAUUCCAAGAAGUGUCCAAUGAGAACCGCCGGAGACGUUGUAAAACGUGUUUUAUGGGAUGAAAAGAUUCCUCAGAAAUUUAUAACAAUUGGAUAUUUGGAUAGGUUUAAGGGGAUUCUAGAAAAACCUUUCGAUGAUUUUUCGUGGGAACCACUAGAUAGUUUAGAUUAUUUCACUUUUGGUGUACCCGAACAUCGAAUUCAGUACUUUAAAUACAAGGAUAUAGUUGUAUGGGAUAAACGUUUCAGAAUAGAUAGAGUUUUCGGUAGUAGCCGUUCAACUAAGACAAUACGAGAUGUAAUAGAAAACUAUGAAAAGUAUUGUAAGACUUUUCGAGAUAUUCCUGAUGUUCAGCUCAGCAACGUAUUUGAUAAUGUUUUUUUGAAGUGGAAUACAAAGGUUGCAGAAGAUACCUGCUCAUCGGAAAGUCAAACAGAAGUGUCGUUAAACGAGACGAUCAAGCAAAGAAUAAAAAAUAAGCCGAAUUUCUUCAUUUGUCAGCGAGUCGCAUCUCCUGAUUUCAUAGAAAAAGCGUUAAAGGUUCAGUCAAGAAUUUGUGACACUCAACCGUACUAUAAAGAUUGUUGUAUUGACUCAAAACUAUUUCAUCUUACACUGUCAACAUUACGACUGGAAGGUAGUUUGCAAAUAUCUGAGUGCAUGGAAGCCCUCAAACAGGCGGAAACAGAGCUUUGCAGAUCUGUUCCAACAAACCAAUUAACAAUAAAAGGUGUGGGUAACUUCCACGGUCGAGUUUUAUAUGCAGCAGUUGAAUCUAAUGAAACAUUGCAUUUCUUUGUCGAUCAGCUAAAUCAGAUUCUACAUGUGGCCGGAUUCCAUACAGAUGAUCAGAAAAAGUUCAAACCUCAUAUCUCUCUGAUGAAGAUGAAUCGUUCAGUAUCAAAAAAAGUUGGUACGAACAAAAUCGACCCCAAUCUGUAUGGUGAAUUUUUAGAUACGGAGUUUGGAGUAUUCAUCCUAGAUUCAAUUUACCUGUGUGCAAUCGGAAGACACCGUGAUGAUGAUGGUUUCUAUCAUACUAUCGGAAAUUUACAUCUUGUAAACCCGAUUUCUAAAUAAGGUGGUUUUUGUAAACCUACUGUAUAUUUCUCCUGAUAUUUUAGUAUAUUUUUGAUAAUUUUCUUGUAACCAACCAAAAUAUUGUUUUUUAUUUUAUUUUUCCAAAUAUUGAUUUCAGUAGUGAUACAAAAUAUACAGUUAAAUAUUUCUCUCAA